AUGACGGACAGCACUGAAGUCUUUCCUGCGAGACGAGGUCGUACAGUUCUAGCCGUGCAGGAAGAAGAGCUUGAUGCGGUCAUCGCGAAGGCUGAAGAAGAGGUCACUCAAGACUUUGAUCCGCAGGAUUAUGUGAGGCCUGGCAUCACUGAGGCGGAGGUCCGUGAGAUGAAAGCGGCCUUUGAUCUCCUUGAUGCUGAUGGUGCCGCUCUCAACAUGAAAGGAACAGAACAAGGGCGUUCGUUGGUCCACUCACGGAUUGACCCCGUGCUGGGCAUCUUGCGGUCCACUUCGUGCCCAGCAGGUCAAACCCAAGCAGUUGGAGAGAAACCGAUGGCAAGGGGCCUCGCAGCAAAGCCUCCACGGGCAACAAAGCUGCCCGUGAAGCACGGCAUGGUGGUAGGCGACUUCGCCUUGGCCUCCCCAUGCUGA